ACUGGCACACACUCAGUUAGGGGGUUGAGUGAGAGAGGAGGAGGGUAAUCCUUUCCCCUAUUAUGAACAGGAAGGCAGCUGAUACCAGCACAGCUGCCAGUAUGAUCAGCAAUGGAAUAUCUCAACAACCAUCAUCCAACAAAAAUCGACACAGAGACGAGAAGGAGCAACACAGCUCAGAGCAAUCACCUCUGGUGCUCAUGACAGACUCCAAAGGAAAGGGAGAAGAACAGGCUACACGUAAUGAAGCAAUCCAAGAAAACACCUGGGCAGGGGAAAUUCUGGCUCCAGCCCAGUGCCUUUGGACCACAGAGGCAAGUGGAUCAGUGCAACUGAGAAUAGAUGACCUCUGUCCACAGGAGCCAAUCACAGUGCAUCAAAUGUUUAUGACCUCCGUUCAGAAAUAUGGCAAUUUGUUUGCCCUGGCAACGAAAAGAAAAGGCAAAUGGGAAAAAAUUACAUUCUCUGAAUACUACCAGUGCUGUCGCAUAGCUGCUAAGAGUUUUCUGAAGUUGGGGCUAGAACGUUUCCACACGGUGGCCAUUUUGGGAUUCAAUUCAGCAGAGUGGUUCUUUUCUGCCGUAGGAGCCGUCUUUGCAGGGGGUAUAAUGACAGGGAUCUAUACCACAAAUUCUCCCGAAGCCUGCCAUUACGUGGCCCAUGAUUCAAGAGCAAACAUUAUUGUAGUGGAAAAUCAAAAGCAGCUGGAUAAAAUCUUGCAGAUAAAAGAUAAACUGCCACAUUUGAAAGCCAUUGUCCAAUAUUACGGACCCAUGUUGGAAAAAAUGGCCAAUCUGUAUUCGUGGGAGGAGUUCAUGAGUCUGGGUGUGGAAAUUCCAGACAAAACCCUUGAUGACAUCAUCAAUAGUCAGAAAGCGAACCAAUGUUGUGUCCUUAUCUACACCUCAGGGACCACAGGCAUGCCGAAAGGAGUGAUGCUUAGCCAUGACAAUAUUACCUGGACAGCUCACCAUGUGAGUAGGGCUGGAGACAUGCAGCCUGCUGAGAUAAAACAGGAAUCCAUAGUGAGUUACCUCCCCCUCAGCCAUAUUGCUGCUCAGAUCUAUGACCUGUGGACAGGGAUUCAGUGGGGCGAGUUAGUCUAUUUCGCACAGCCUGAUGCCUUGAAGGGCAGCUUGAUUGAAACCUUAAAAGAGACCAACCCUUCAUCCCAUAUGGGAGUCCCUCGUGUUUGGGAAAAAAUAAUGGAAAAAAUACAAGAGGCAGUCUCACACUGUGCAUACAUAAAAAAGAAAAUGCUGACCUGGUCCAUGUCUCUUAGUUUGGCAGCUAAUCAAAGAGAUGAGGAAAAGUCCAUUCUCUUCACCCUAGCAGACAUGCUGGUCUUAGAAAAACUUCGUGCCGAGCUGGGAUUUUCUUGUUGUGAGAAGUUCUUCUCAGGCGCAGCUCCUCUUGGAAAUGAUACAAUCCAGUUCUUCCUUGGCCUCAAUAUUAGGUUGUAUCAAGCUUAUGGUAUGAGUGAAACCAGUGGGCCUCAUUUUAUGUCUGGUCCAAAUGUUCACAAGCAGUCAAGUUGUGGCAAAGUGGUUCCUGGCUGCCGAUAUAAACUGGUGAACAUUGACACUGAUGGUAUUGGGGAGGUAUGCUUUUGGGGUCGGAAUGUCUUCAUGGGUUAUCUCAACAUGGAGGAUAAAUCCAAGGAAAUCUUAGAUGAGGACGGCUGGCUGCAUUCUGGAGACUUGGGCAAAACUGAUGAAGAUGAUUUUCUUUACAUUACCGGAAGAAUAAAAGAAUUAAUCAUAACUGCGGGGGGAGAGAAUAUCCCUCCAGUCCCUAUAGAGGAUGCUGUGAAAAAGGAGCUGCCCAUCAUCAGUAAUGCCAUGCUAAUUGGUGACAAGAGGAAGUUUCUCUCAAUGCUGCUCACACUUAAGUGCAUCACCAAUGUUGAAACCAUGGAGCCCACUGAGGACCUUACCUCUGACACUGUGAAAUACUUUCAACAACGUGGCAUCCAGGCAACAAAAGUUUCCGAUGUAAUUGAGGGGAAAGACCAAGCAGUGAACCAGGUCAUUCAGGAGGGCAUUGACAGGGUCAACGCUAAGGCUAGCUCCAAUGCCCAGCGUAUUCAGAAAUGGAAAAUUGUAGGGAAAGACUUCUCAGUCUCUGGAGGGGAGCUGGGUCCAACAAUGAAACUGCGACGACCACUUGUCCUGAAGAUAUACCACAGUGAAAUUGAAAAUUUCUACAAAGAAUAAGAAAAUAACUCCAGCUAACCAGACUAAACAAGGGGUAGCAUUCUACCUUAAUGAUCACACAGAUCAGUUAGUUCAUAAAUUUUUUCCUCUUCUAAUAGACUCAAUUCAUCAGAAGAGGAAAAACAUAUAUGUGUACACUUCUCUACAUCAUGAAUUUACAUUACACCAUUUGGCAGAUGCCCUUAUCCAGAGCGACGUACAAAAGUGCUUAAGUCCCUAUCAUUGAAUGCAUGAACUCAGGUUCACUAAGCCACAGAGCCUAAAUCACUGUUCAAAGUUUUUUUUUUAAAUACACACAUUCAACAAACAGGGAAGAAAAGGGUUUCAAGAAUCAGUAGGUCUUCAACUGUUGUUUGAAAAUAGCCAGUGACUCAGCUUUCCAGACCCCAAGGGGAAGUUCAUUCCACCACCUUGGUGCCAGAACAGACAACAUUCAUACAGGUUCACUUUUCGAAACAUUAUUUAAAAAUAAUGCUAGACAAACUGUCUUCAGCUUAGAGAAACCUCAUCUUUAAGUAAUAAGGUGAUGUUAUAUAUAUACUAUAAUUAUGGCAAGGAAUAAUGCUCUAAUCAAUUAGAAUGUCCUUGGGUAAAUUACAUUGAAUGAAUGUUGAGGGUUAUGUGCAAUUUCUGGACAUAUCCACAUGUGCUAACAUAGUUGUCCUACAUAGGAAACCAUGUGCAGAGUAAAAAUGGCUGUAAGAGGUCCAUUCACAUCUCAGAGUGAAAAAAUCAUGUGAUUUGGGCAGUUUAAAUCCUGAUGAAUCAUGAUGAGUUUUGUAGCUUUAGUUUUUGCAUGGAAAAAAUCACAAUAAUUUAUUUUACCCUGCAUAUACUUCCCAUUCUACAUAUCCCAAAUAAUAAAGUACAGCAAAGCUUAUUUAAAAUAUCAGCAACUUUAAUGUUUGACAGCUAACACCUGCCAUUAAACCAGCAUCAAAAUGGUUAUGCUAAAACAUGAGAAACCAGAGAACAUCCCUAGUUAAUAAAAGGAUCUUCGGUUAUGGAGUUCACUUGAGAAACGAAAAAAUAAAAUUUACACAUCUAUACCGUGGACAAAUUUUAACAAAUCUUUGUUUUGAAGGUGAAAUAAACAUAAAAUAUACAUUUUUAA